AUGUCCUACUACUUUGCCAUUGUCGGCACGCAGGACAACCCGUUGUUUGAGUACGAGUUUGGCACGUCGAAGCAGGGCGGCGAUGGCCAGGCGCACUUUGCCGAGCAGGCGCGCCACCUGAACCAGUUUGUCGUCCACAGCAGCCUCGACGUUGUCGAGGAGGUGCAAUGGGGCGGCAACGGCCAAAUGUACCUCAAGUGCGUAGACAAGUUCUUCCACAACUACGUGUCGUGCUUCAUCACGGGCUCCAACGCCAAGUUUCUGCUGCUGCACCAGCCGACGACGGCGUCCAAUGCGUUUGCCUACGGCUCCGGGGCCGGCGGCAUGGGCGCGGCAGGCGGGCCCCUGAUGGGCGCCAGCGGUCUCCUGGGCGCAGGCAACAAUGCAUCGUCUGCGGUGACGGCGGCUGCCUCGUCCCGCGCGUCGACAUCCAUCGGGGCGAACCCCACGAGCGCUGCCACCGAGGAGGCCAUCAAGAACUUCUUCAACGAGGUGUACGAGAACUGGGUCAAGACGACCAUGAGUCCCUUUUACAAGGCCAACAUGGAGAUACGGAGUCCGGUGUUCCGCGCGCGGGUGGCCGCUGCUGGCAAGAAGUACUUAUAG